AGAGAGAGAGAGAGAGAGAGAGAGAGAGAGAGAGAGAGAGAGAUGUCUGGAGUGUCUGGCUGAACAAUCAAACAGAGAUUGAGGGAUGUGACAGAGAGGACUUCUUCAAGCAAUAACAGAUCUGUCCAUUCCAAUCGUCAGGAUGUCCGGUAUGGACUUCUCAUUGGAGGAGCUGAACAGAACCGAAAUCUCCCCAGACAACGGAAACUUCCCAAGGUUCUCCCCCACCUCCGUUUCCACUGCAGCUGCGGCGGCGGGGACAGGGUUGUCGUCGGGGCGACAGGAGAAUGUUUACGUGUACGUGUGGAUCUUCCUGAGUCUGCUGGUGUUCCUGCUGUCGAUGAUCAUCAUCUCCCUCCACAGGCUAAAGAAUAUCAUCACAUCCUCCUCCUCUGUGGCUGACUGCAGCAGUGAGGGGGGCAGCUCAUUCACCAACAUGGAGAUCUGUAGUAUAUCUUCACAGAGGUCAACCGUGUCCUCACUGUCAAUUUGAGAGAGACACACACACACACACACACACACACACACACACACACACACACACACACACACACACACACACACACACACACACACACACACACACACACACACACACACACACACACACACACACACACACACACACACACACACACACACACACACACACUUGUAAACAAGCUUUUCAGUUGGACCAUAUGGGACUUUACUCUGAUGUGUUAAGGCGGUAGCUUGAACUGAACUCUGAACCCUCUGUGACUUCUCCUUUUGGCUCAUGGGAAACAUAGUUCACUGUGUAAAGAGCAGAUCCAGGAAGAGAGAGAGAGAGAGAAAACUCUGUUUUUGAAUCUGGGGUAUAUUUACUACGAACCAAACUGAAGCACAAGGGCCGAAAACGUUUUCCUUACGGUGUGCACUGAUGAAACACCAGUCGUCUGUUUCCAUUCUCGCAUCCAUGGAAUACAACUUUAGACUCUUAGAAGUCCUCAGAAAAGUUAGACGGGGUCUAAUCUUAUCUAGUGUCGCUUUCAGUGUGAUUUACAUCUGUCUUUCUCUUUUCAUUUGAAAUAGGAAACAACCGCUUCUGUUACUAAUUCCACAUGGAUAAACAUUAUGUGACUGAUAUGUUUAUCUCAGAUAACAUGUCUCAUUCAGCUUUAAUUUAGAGUUCAUCUUUCUCUGGCUGUGUAGGAAAUGGUACCAUAUUCCCUGUAUAAGUGGCUCUGGCUGUGUAGGAAAUGGUACCAUAUUCCCUGUAUAAGUGUCUCUGGCCAACAGUAGUGUUCUCUCUAGGGAAUUAGGGGCCAUUUCACAUUUAUCCCCACUACUGAUUUCUUUCCGUAAUAACCUAAAUCUUUACUGUUUCCAGGGCAACCUGUACUAACCUGAUUUUAGUGCGAAGUAUAGUUCUUUCUGUAAUGUCAAAAUAUCUCUACUGUUUCCAGGGCAACCUGUACUAACCUGGUUUAACUGUGAAGUAUAGGUCUUUCUGUUAUGUCAAAAUAUCUCUACUGUUUCCAGGGCAACCUGUACUAACCUGGUUUAACUGUGAAGUAUAGGUCUUUCUGUUAUGUCAAAAUAUCUCUACUGUUUCCAGGGCAACCUGUACUAACCUGGUUUAACUGUGAAGUAUAGGUCUUUCUGUUAUGUCAAAAUAUCUCUACUGUUUCCAGGGCAACCUGUACUAACCUGGUUUAACUGUGAAGUUAUACAUACUGAACCAGACCUCAUAUUUGA